CAGAGAAAGCUUUAGUCACUUCAGCUGAGUACAUGGUAUCACUCAUCCCUGGAUUAGUUCAUUAUUAGCCGUGUGUGGCCGCACGCUCAUUCAGUCUCCAGUCUCACUAGGAAGCACCUACUACUAGGUUUUACACAGAGCCUUUUUUCCUCUGAACUGCUGAUCACUGAAGUACUUUUCUUUGAGAAUCUGCUGGGAAAAAAAAAAAAAGUCGUUCCUUCCUUCUCUGGCUGCUAUCAGCUCCUUGUUCCUUGUGAAGUUUGAAGCACUGCAGACUUGCUCGGGAUGUUAAAGAACUUAGCAUUGUAGAGAGAUUUGACAAAGACAUCAUUUUUUGAUCCAGCAGGAGACUUCUACAGUGACAUAUUUUACUGGUAUUAGUCUUUGUACCGGUGUGUGGAUUGUAUACCUGGCAAGGCAGGAAAAGAGGUACCAGUUUCCUGAUUGAUUAUCCUAAUCUGUGCCGUGUGUGUGAGGCAUCUUAAGGUUGCAUUGAAGAGGGUUAUGAAAACAGAAAUGACUGGGUGACAGAGUUUUGAGGGUGCUUUUGUUUAGACAGAUUUUCAUUGGUGAAUCAGUGUUGUAUGGAGUUAACUAGUACAUUAAGAAGACAGUGAAACAGACAGCAGCAGCACCACCAUUUCUGGAAAUUAUUGCACAGAGAGGUGUCUACUAGAACUUUCCCCAGCCUGAAGUGGAAAGGCAGUUUACUUGGCAGAAAGUGGCUGGAUGCAUCACCCAGUGGAACAGUUUGGAGGGCGAAGCGCACGGGAAGCCUUUCCACUCAACAGCCUACACUGUGGAGGGUGGAGCUCCGCACACUCGCGGCCAUGGCUUCCAGAAAGGUGCUCAGCCAGUCUUGGACUUUCUCCGCUUUCCCCUCAGCUGCCCUCUGGACACAUCCCUAACUUUGGACAUCCCAACAAACAGGGCUAUCACUCAGGUUCGAAUCCACAUCCUCACCCACAUCCCCUGCACAAGAAACUUGAAGAAAUUCACAGCUUUGCCCAAUCUUUGCUUCAGAAUCAGCUGCAGCCAGAUGUCUGGGAACGACUAGGGCACAUCUAUGAGUCUGAACAGGAGCUAGAAGAUGCUCUUCGUUGCUAUCAGAAUGCCACCCGCUAUGCAGGAGGGUACAACAGUUCCAGUGAUUUAACAUCAAGGAUCAACCGUCUUAAGGCUCAUUUGUGGAAUGUACACCCUGGCUACUCCCAGCGCCGACCAAAGGUGCUGCCUCCACUUCAGGAAGUGUGGAAUCUCAUCGAGCAGGAGCAGAAACGCCAUUUUACAGCAAAAACAGUUUGUCAGCUGAAGAGGCCAGCUGGUCACCGUGAGAAUUCAGUCAUUCAUCCCACCCCAUCUGUCCUUCCACCAAGAGAGGACAUUUCUAACCCUGUGAAGAGGAGGAGGAAGAACAGUAGUCCUGACCAGGAGACAGUAAGUCCAGUUCCAGAUGCUUUUACAUGCACUUCCUCAUCAUCUUCAUUUUCGUUGUCCACCUCUUCUGUAUUGCACAGCACUAAUCAUACACCACGCUAUACAACCACACCACCUGGACUACCAUCUUCACUUCAAGGAAGAUUGCCCUGCCCUCAGAGAGAGGGCUGGAGCUGUCGUCCCAGAACAGAAAGUGACCAUACAGAGGGCAGAGCAGAGAGGUCACAGCUGGACUCCAACAUCUCACCAGCAGACAGUGCCUGCGUGCCUUAUUCUUCAAGGCCCAUCAAUGUUAUACCUCAUGACAUUAACACAGCUACUGACAUCUGGACUAAAGAGACUAAUUCGGGUGAUUCUAUCAUGAGUUCAGCCCUUUACCAAAAUGCAGUGCUUGAAGAUGCUACUCAGGGUCAGCACAGACCAUCGGAAAGGUCAAAGCUGGUGCAGCAAGAAAGACCUCUUCCUCAAGGGGGUCCUAGCAGAGUUAGUGCAGCAGCUGAUUGCAGCAGCUCUUAUACCACACACACCUCAUCCACCUCCUGCUCUAGCUCACCUGCAGCUAUAGUUCGAGCCCCAGACUGGACUGGCAAACAUUCACAGAACACCGGCAAAGAGACACCAGAUGGCAAAGUCAGCGAUCCACUGAGUGACAUUCUGUUUGGUAGUGAUGAACUGAAGGGGAACCAGGAAGGCUUUCUGAAUCACUGUGAUUUGACUGCCACUUCUGCACAGGGCAACAGGUGUGACUAUGAGGAACGUUCUCAGGAGACAAAACACAGCACCAGCAAAGCUCCUUUGGAGCAAGAAGCUUACAAUCAGAGCAUUGAAGAGGUCCUUCGUAAUUUGGAGGAACUUGAGGGGAAAACAACAAAUUCCUGUAAUGUAGAACAAAAGAACAAGGCCAGUAUUAAAUGUGGAUUUGAAGGAUCUGUUUUAAAGGGGGGCUCACUUCCCCAGGAACAGGUGAAUGCCGUGCAUUCAUCAAGUAACAGUUCCGCCAUUUCUACUAGCCAUUACACUGGUAACAGUAAAGAGGGUUCACCACCUCUGGGUAAUUUCUGGAUAAACUCAAGCUGGGUUUCAGACCAUGCAGCUAAAAGGUCACCUUGUGAUGUUCCCAGUGUAGGUGGCGGGACUGUCUCUAGUCCCACUCAGCCUUUUGUUGAAGACUCGCUGGAAUUUGCAACACCAGACUCAAACAAAUUGGAAGCAAAGAGCACUAGAAGCAGCCCUCCCGUGCCUCUGUGCUCCCAUCCCAGCACCUCAGGAAUUUACAAGCCCUCAGAGGGCAACUCACUGCAGACCCCAGCCUUACCCAAAGACAGUAGGGAAGCAGAGUCCUGUGGAAAACACACUGGCAUCCUGGACACCCUGCAGACAUACAACAGUGGAUCUGCCGAAAAAGUGGAGGUACCCAGUUCUCCAAAUAAACUCUUUGAUUUUCCAGGUGGGCAGCACAGUGAUCAGUUUGAAGAAUCUUCAGAGUUGUCCAAAAUUCUGCCUGAUGGACUGGCUAACAUAAUCAAAAUGUUGGACGAGUCAAUUGAUCAGGAGGAUGCCAUUUUGGAGAAACAGUCAAAAAGUAUCCCUGAAUUUACUGCAUUCCCAUCAGUUACAAAAACUCUAGAUUUAGCAGAUGCAAAAGACUCAGUUUGUAUGAAGGGAUCAGUAGAAAUGUCUAGAGCAGGCAUGAACUCUUCAAAGAAGCACAGAGACAUAAGUGGAGUUCCUUUUUCAGGAAAACCAGUACUAACUCCCAGCAAAGAGGCUUCUGAAGAUGAGAACCACCCAUCACAGUGCAGUGUCAGUAUCUCCGAUUUCUCAGGCACCCGUGGGGCACCACUGUCUGACAGUUCUGCAGGGAAGCAAGAAGUAACCAGAAGUAUUCAUCAAGGUGCCACUGCAGGAUUACUGGAGUCCACAAAAACAUGGAAAGACUGUCAUAAAGAGCGUGCAGAAGCCGAAAGGACUCAGGGGUCUUUAAACAGUGUUUACAGUUCAUCAGGUGCUUCAGAAAAGGUGACAAAACAAGCGCACUGUGAAGGCUUAAAUAGCAAGCAGGUCAGCAUUCCUCAGCAUGGCACAAAUAGUAUUUUGAAGUCCCUUGCCAGUGUCUUGGAAGGACAGAAGCAUUCUUACAGAGGUGGAGCUGCUUCCAAAUCAAUAGCCACUUCCUCUCCAUAUUUGACAGGUGCCACACUAACUAAAAAAAAUGGACUUAAUGUCACCAGCCAGCCCUCUUGUCAGAGUUCUACCUCCAUCAAAGAAGUCUGGAAUAAGGUAGCAAAAGGUGAGACUGAGAAAAAAAAUGCAGAUGAUAUCAGAGUAAGCCCAUCUGAGGGGAGAAACACAAGUAGCUGGAAAGAACAGAGCAAGAGUGCACUUAUAGAAGUAAAAGAACAGCUUGACAGGAAGCCGGUCAUAUCUGUUGCCUCAGCUAUAGAGUCCAGCUCAGCCAGUGAGAUGUUUGUCAGUACAAAAAUCCCAUCAAAUGGUGGCUCACAGACUAAAUCUGUUGUGGGAAAGACAGGUGCAUGUUCUGAGCCUAGUCAGGAGAAGCACAUGGAACUGAAACAAGAAAAGUCAUCUCAGCAACAGCAGGAAAAACUGUCUGAAGCAGGGAUCAAAAAAUAUGCACAUCUGUUUCAAGAAAAAUGUCCCACUCUGAAACAGGAAGUGCUGUCGGACACCUCUCAAGAAAAGCACUGUGAACCAAUUUCUGAAAUGAGUUGUGAUCCGGCAGGGGUGAAAAAGGUUAUGCCACAUCAAGAAAAGUCUGCAGACGUGCACCGGGAGAAAUACUGUGAACCCAUAAGAGAAAGGCAUGACAAAGUACAAGAGAAGUGUCCAGAACCAGUGGCUGAAAAUACACCUGAACCAGCACAGAGGAAGCAGUCUCAGCUAGUACGAGAAAAGCAUCCUCCUCAGUAUGCAGAAAAGCAGUCCUCUCUGUUGCAAAAAAAAUGUGACCAGUCACCCGAAAAAUCUUUUGAAGCAUCACUGAAGAAAUGUGAUUCAUCAUGUGAAAAGGUUAGUGAUCCUUUGCCAGACAAGCUGCUCAACUGUUUAUCAGAAAACCAUUCUUAUUCAUCUGAAGGGAAAUUUUCUGAUCCUUCAAGAGAAAAGCAUAUUGAUCAGACUCAGGAAAAAUGUGUUGAACAGUCAAGAGAAAAGCAUAUUGAACCAAAAAAGGAAAAGAAUUCUGAGUUAACUGAGAGAAAGCGAGCAGAGUCAUCAAAAGAAAAGACAUGUGAACCCCUUCGUGAGAAGCAGUGUGAUCUAAUGAAGCAGAAGAAAGCUGAAGGGUCACCACAAGAGAAGCUGUCUUGCUUAGAAAAAGAAACCAAACAAAGUAAUCUAGAGCAGUGGCAACAUAAGAAGAAGAAGAAGUCCAGUAAGAGCUCCUCAAGGAGUCGUAGAAGACAUAAAGAUGGGAAGGGGCAAAAGGAGAAGAACAGACAGAUUUUGGGUAACUUAGAUCUUCAGAGCAAAGAAAUUCAGUCCAGAGAGAAUGUCAAACUGGAUGACCAUCCAAAGGUGACCAAAUCAGCACCCACAACAGAUGAACAGAAAAAGACAGAGGUGUCAUUUGGAACAGGCAAAGAGGUUAGCACCUCUAAUAGGGCAGCUGAAUUGCUUAAGUUGCGAUCUUUCACAGAAGGUCCACCCAAAGAAUUGAAAAUCCGUCUUAUUAAAGUGGAAAGUGGGGACCGAGAAACAUUUAUUGCUUCUGAAGUGGAAGAAAAGAGGAUUCCCAUGUCUGAGCUCACCAUCAAGAACACUGCAGCAGAAAUCAUCAGAUCAUGCAAGUAUGUGAAACUUAAAGGGAAGUUCAAUGAGUCGUACUUGCAGCCUUCAUUCUCUGUGAAGCCCAAGAUUGGAGCAGAUGACCGAAUACCAAGAGAGAAACUGAACCCGCCUACUCCUAGUAUUUACUUGGAAAGUAAACGAGAUGCCUUCUCACCGGUGCUACUGGAAUUCUGCACAGACUCCAAAAACCCCAUCACUGUUAUACGUGGACUGGCAGGAUCCCUUCGACUUAACCUCGGGCUGUUCUCCACAAAAACUCUAGUGGAUGCAAACGGUGACCAGUCAGUGGAAGUUCGGACACAAAUGCAGCAACCUUCUGAUAAAAACUGUGAUCCAUCUGGAACCAAGCAAAUCUGGCCUUUUGAGAGUAGCCGUUCACACACAACAAUUUCCAAGUACGCCCAAUACCAGGCCUCAUCCUUCCAGGAAUCGCUGCAGGAGGAAAAAGACAGUGAUGAAGAUGAAAGUACAGAAUCGGAAGAAACUAGCAAACCUUCAAAGCCUUCUCAAAGUGCUUCUGAUCAAAAAACACAUGGUAUCAUUAAAUUUGGGACCAACAUUGACCUCUCAGACCCAAAACGUUGGAAGCCACAGCUCCAGGAGUUACUGAAACUGCCAGCUUUUAUGAGGGUCUCAUCUAAUGGCAACAUGUUGAGCCACGUUGGGUAUACCAUUUUGGGUAUGAAUACAGUCCAGCUGUAUAUGAAAGUGCCAGGAAGCCGAACACCAGGUCAUCAGGAAAACAACAAUUUCUGCUCUGUAAAUAUCAACAUUGGGCCUGGAGAUUGCGAGUGGUUUGCAGUGCAUGAACAGUACUGGCAAAUUAUUAACGGCUUCUGUGAAAAGCACAAUGUGGACUAUCUUGUUGGAUCCUGGUGGCCCAUAUUGGAGGAACUGUACAAUGCCAACAUCCCCGUGUUCCGCUUCAUCCAGCGACCUGGUGAUUUGGUAUGGAUUAAUGCAGGAACAGUACACUGGGUUCAGGCAGUUGGCUGGUGUAACAACAUCGCAUGGAAUGUUGGUCCACUCACAGCUUACCAGUACGAGUUGGCACUUGAGAGGUAUGAAUGGAACGUAGUAAAAAACGUCAAAUCUAUUGUUCCAAUGAUUCAUGUUUCAUGGAACAUUGCCCGAACUGUGAAAGUGAGCAACCCUGAGCUUUUCAAAAUGAUCAAGCACUGCAUGAUGCAGUCCCUGAAGAGAUGCCAGUUGCAACGUGCUUCUCUGGUGAAUGCUGGGAAGAAGAUCACCUAUCAGAGUCGAGUGAAGGAUGAGCCCGCCUACUACUGCAAUGAGUGUGAUACUGAAGUCUUCAACAUCUUGUUUGUAACGAGUGAGAAUGGCAAUAAGAAGGUGUAUAUGGUGCAUUGUGAAGACUGUGCCCCUAAGCGAAGUGCCUCCCUCAAUUCUGUUGUGAUACUGGAGCAGUACCGUGUGGAAGAGCUGAUGCAAGUCUACGACAACUUCAUCCUGACUGGAUCUGCAGUGUCCCGAUGACUUCACUCUCCCAAAGCCAUAGCAGCCCUAUGCCCGGCACAACCAAUGACAACCAUUGUACUUAGCAGAUCAGUCAGUUGCCUGUUCACUGCACUGUAUCUGCCACUUGCAGAGCUGUUUACGCAAGACUUUGCCUGCUGAUUGGAUACCCAGGAAGCCUGGUGAACUACUGUCUACAGCCUUUUUACUUACCUUGUGAUUGCAACCAGCAGCCACUCAGCAGUGACUUUGAUGGGAAUCUUGCAGUUUUGCAUUCUGGAAUUGGACAGAAAAAGAAGAACUAAAAAAAAUCACUUGAAUUUUAUUAUUUUUGUCUCUUAAAACAACCUGGCACGACACCACAUUGGCCUUUUAGACUUUUUGGGGAAAAUCCAUUGUUUUUCAAAGCAUUAAAAGUGGACGGUGGCUUGGAAUGGAAAAAGAUACGGGUUUUAGCAGGAAUUUCUUAAUUUUGUGAUAGUAUUGUAUAUGUGUUUGUAUAUUGUGAUUUUUCUUUGUCUUUUUUGUGUUUGUUUGUUUUUCUUCAUUUUUUAGGCAUACCAACACUUCACAUUAAGAUUUACUAUCUUAGAAAUAAUUGGUUUAAUUUUGUGGUGUUCAUUUACAUCUGUUUGUUUUUUAUAAUGUAAAUUUUUUUAUUUAUGAAAUUUUUUUGCUGUAUUUAUUGUUUCUGUCUUUUAAGUACAUGCCAUUUUUAAAAAUGAAUUUUAUCUGUCAUAUUAAAUAUCUUGACGUUUGACUCCUAGCUUGCAGGUGCUUUGUCUCUCUCUCUUCCAUUCUGCCUCAAAAGAAACUGGUACGGACUGGAAAGCAAAACCAGUUUGUAAAAGGGGAGGGAGAGAGAAUUAUAUUUGUAAUUUUUUAAAACAAGUCAUUUUUUGAUUUAGGGGCAAACAUAAAAUGGUUUCAGAGAAAUAGAUUUUGUCUAAGAAUUUAGAGUUUCUUCUUUGGUUUCUGACUCGAGCAGUUCUGUGUGGAAUGUUUGAGCUGCACUGUCAGACUUAAUUAUUAAAUCUGAGCCGAACACACUUAACUUUAUGACACUUGUGUGACAAUGCUGAGAAGAGGUAAUAAAAGAUUUCAGUAAA